AUGACUCCUGUUCGCAACUUUGCACGCACCACUCGUCCGGGCCGAUCACAGGGCCGAUACUGGGCGCUCAUGACCAGUGACGUGCCUGAAACUCUGAAAGGGAGGAUGGCCCCCACGCCGGUCGAAAGUGCCAGCAUGUGGGGCGAGAGGGACGACGACCAUAUGUCAAGAAUCAAAGGUAUCCUCUCUCCCACCGGGAAACCCAUCUUCCCCUCUUCCACCCUGCGUAUCACGAUAAUGCCCGCCCUCGACGUCGCGUUCGUGCGCUCGCACUUCCCCGCGUUCAGCAAGAAGCCGGGCUUCGUCUUCGCCGAGAACGCAGGCGGAAGCCAGAUCAUACAGUCCUCCAUCGAUCGUCUCACGGACUACCUUAUCAGCACCAACGUCCAAUUCGGCGCGGGAUACGAGCUGUCGAUCGCGUCGACCGACAGAGUGAUGGGUGCGACGGAGGGUGCACGGGAGCUGCUCAACGCUGCGAGUGCCGAUGAGGUCGUUUUCGGGCCCAGCUCGACCGCGAAUCUGGAGAAUCUGGCGCGCGCGAUAGAGAAAGAUAUCAAAGUGGGAGACGAGUUCAUCGUCACUGGCGAACACGAGGCGAAUUGUGGACCGUGGAAGAAGCUUGCUGAGCGAACGGGAGCGGUGAUCAAGUACUGGAUAUCCAGCCCGACCGCCGCCAACAAUCCCUACUCUCACCAGCUCAAAAUCGAAGAACUGCUGCUGCUGAUCACCUCGAAGACGCGCCUUGUCGCGUUCCCUGCCGUGUCCAACUUGUUGGGCUCUGUUGUGCCUGUCGCAGAGGUCAGCAAGGCCGUUCGUGCCGAGGCUGCUGCCAAGGGUGCUGCCAAAGUCGAGAUUUCGGUCGAUUGUGUGGCGUAUGCGCCACACCGGAGGAUGGACGUUCAGGCUUGGGACGUCGAAUACUGUGUAUUCUCCUACUACAAGGUCUACGGCCCGCACGUCUCCGCUCUCUACAUCCGGAAGCAGGUGAUGGAGUCAUCCGUGGCCUCGAUCGCACAUCACUUUAUCCCUACGCACGGUGCAUACAAGCUCCAACCGGGCGGACCGGGCUACGAAGCCGUGUAUGGUACCACCGCGAUCGUCCCGUACCUCCAAUCGCUCGUGCCUGAGCACGACUUGACGACGGCCUUUGCGGCCAUUGCCGAACACGAGACCCAGCUGGUCUCCAAGUUGCUUGGGUUUCUGACCGCGCCGGAACAACGUGCCCGGGGUGUACUAGUGGUCGGUGUCGAGGACGUGUCUGCCGAUCGGGUGCCCACGAUCUCUUUCAUCGUUGCUGGUGAUAGAUCAAUUCGGAGUACGGCGAUCGUCGAUGUGUUCGACAAAGAUGGCAGGAUUGGAAUCCGAUACGGACAUAUGUACGCAUACACGCUCGCAAGCCACCUUCCGCCGCCGUUCACGCUGGACGACGGAGCCGUGCGCGUGUCGUUGGUGCAUUACAACACUCUUGAAGAAGUCGACAUGAUUAUCGAGUUCAAGUGCAUAUCGGUCUCGGUUCCGUUCAUUCCAGUGGCGAAUACGUACUCGAUUGAUGACCCGCACAAGGCUAGUAGGUUCCGGUAUGAACGGACCUACUUCUGUUCGGACCUUGUGAUGUCUGACUCUGAGUCCCCAACACAUGCGCAAGAUUUGCAGAAACUAGGUUAUGAGCAGGAGAUGACCCUCGCGCGGGCUAUUCCAGAUCCUAUUCAGUCCGUCUCCCGGAGACUGCGUUUCGAUACGGCUGACGUCUUUGCAGUGACCUUGGCGAUCAUGGCCGUUCGUAAGGCAUCCUCCUUUUAUUGCCCCUUUGAUUCCGACGAACGUUCUAUAGCCUACGGCCUCGCAGCCCCCUUGGCCACAUCCCUCGCCGCGGGAGGGCCUGCCACUAUCCUCUGGGGCUGGCUUCUCGUCUCUUUGCUCACCCUGCCGCUCGCCCUGUCUUUGGGCGAAAUAUGCGCCAAGUAUCCGACUUCGGCCGGGGCAUAUUACUGGUGUUUCCGUCUCGCGUCGUCGAGGCGGAGGUUGCUGCUCUCGUGGUUCAACGGAUGGCUGACGAUGGUGGGCGUUUGGACGGCUGGUCUUUCGGUGACGUUUGGAACGACACAGCUCAUCAUCGCAGGGGCCGGGAUAUACCUACCGGAUUGGGAAGCCAAACCCUGGCAGACUUAUGUUAUCUUCCUCGCUGUUGCAGCCGUCACGCUAGCCUUUUGCGCGUUCUUCAAUAGCAUUCUGCCUUUGCUCGAUAUCAUCUCUGCGUACUGGACAAUCCUGGGAGUCAUCGUGACGCUGGUCUGCGUGUCGGCCAAGGCCGCUGCGGGCCGGCAUUCAGCUGCCUUCGCACUCGGCCAUUUCGAUUCCGGGCCAUCGGGUUGGACGCCCGGCUGGGGAUUCUUCAUCGGGUUGUUGCCGCCUGCGUAUACAUUUGCAGGAUUGGGAAUGAUUGCAAGCAUGGCUGAAGAGGUGAGAGAUCCGUCGAGAAAUCUUCCGCGCGCGAUUGUCUGGUCCAUCCCCAUCGGCUUCUUGACGGGUGUCCUCUUUCUCGUCCCGAUUCUGUUCACGCUUCCCGACAUCGCCACCCUGAUCUCCGUCAGCAGCGGACAACCGAUCGGUCUGUUGUUUGAGCUCAUAAUGGGAUCGAAAGGGGGUGGAUUCGGACUGGUGCGUUGGUUCAUCAGUGCGUUUUCCGUUGACGACACGCGUUCCGUUCUCAUUUCAGCGAUAGUCUUCGGCAUUGGCAUGUUCUGCGCGAUCUCGAUCGCGUGUGCCGCCUCCCGCUCGACGUGGGCCUUUGCGCGGGACAGCGCUCUGCCCUUCCACCGCACAUUCUCCGUGGUGCACCCCCACCUCGGCGUCCCGCUCAACGCGCUCCUGCUGUCCACGGCGAUCCAGCUCGCCCUGGGGCUGCUGUACCUCGGGUCUAGCACGGCGUUCAACGCGUUCGUCGCCGUCGCGGUCAUCUGUCUCGGCGCCAGCUAUACAUUCCCCAUUGCCGUCUCGCUCUUCAACGGCCGGAAGGACAUGCACGACUCGCCGUUCCCCUUGGGCCGCUUUGGCGCUGCGAUGAACGGGAUCGCAGUGGUGUGGGUCGCGUUCCAGCUCGUUCUGUUCUCGAUGCCCCCGGCGGUGCCCGUCACGCGGCAGAGCAUGAAUUACGCGUCGGUCGUGUUCGUGGGGUUUGCAGCCAUCAGCGCAGUGUGGUAUCUGAUCAGUGAGUGGCGAGUGGCUUGCUCCGAGUUGACCGUGCUGAAUGACUUGCGGGCGGGCGACAUCAUUACAAAGGGCCACAAGUGCCUGAGGACACAGCUGAACAGUCGUUUAAGAAUGAAAUGUCGCCUUGAGUCCAGGGGUGAUUCCAGCCAUAAGCAUCAGCGGCUUGGAAUUUUCCGUACAUUGAGGAGAUGGGGUGAAGCAGACCUAGUCACGCAGCUGCGAACGAAGACGACAACAUCAGUCACAACCUGGGAGCGCUCAUCCUGUCCCGGUGAUGCGACCGCCAAGCCACUGCUCGAUGACCGCGAACUUCUCGUAACUUCGCUCGCCUGUGAAGUCUCCCACGCUAUGGCUGAAUCUGAGUCCUCGACCCAUGCACAAGAUUUACAGAAACUGGGCUAUGAGCAAGAGAUGACCCGUUCGCGCGGGCUGUUCCACAUCCUAUUCAGUGAGCCGUUGUCCUGUACAGGCCAGCUGGCAUCGCUGAGUGCUGCAAAGCGAUCAUGGCCGUCCGUGAGGCAUUCUCCUGCUUAUCACCACUCCCAUUCCGAUAAGCGUUCGACAGCCUUCGGCCUUGCAGCCCCUUUUGCCACCUCCCUCGCCGCGGGAGGCCCCGCCACUAUCCUCUGGGGCUGGCUUCUCGUCUCUCUGUUUGCCCUGCCUCUCGCGCUAUCCCUCGGUGAAAUAUGCGCAAAGUAUCCGACGUCUGCGGGCGCUUAUUACUGGUGCUUUCGGCUCGCGUCGCCGAGGUGGAGACUGCUGCUCUCUUGGUUCAACGGAUGGUUGACGACGGUGGGAGUUUGGACGAUUAGUCUCUCGGUGACGUUUGGUACGGCGCAACUCAUCGUCGCAGGUGCUGGGAUAUAUCUACCAGAUUGGGAGGCCAAACCCUGGCAGACUUUGACAGCGUAUACGUUCGCAGGGAUAGGGAUGAUCGCAAGCAUGGCCGAAGAGGUGAGAGAUCCGUCGAGAAAUCUUCCGCGGGCCAUUGUCUGGUCCAUUCCCAUCGGCUUCUUGACGGGUGUCCUCUUUCUCGUCCCGAUUCUGUUCACGCUUCCCGACAUCGCUACCCUGAUCUCCGUCAGCAGCGGACAGCCGAUCGGCCUGUUGUUUGAGCUGAUAAUGGGAUCGAAAGGGGGUGGAUUCGGACUGUGGUUCAUCAUCUUCGGCAUUGGCAUGUUCUGUGCGAUCUCGAUCUCGUGCGCCGCGUCCCGCUCGACGUGGGCCUUUGCGCGGGACGGCGCUCUGCCCUUCCACCGCACGUUCUCCGUGGUGCACCCCCACCUCGGCGUCCCGCUCAACGCGCUCCUGCUCUCCACAGCGAUCCAGCUCGCCCUGGGGCUGCUGUACCUCGGGUCUAGCACGGCGUUCAACGCAUUCGUCGCCGUCGCGGUCAUCUGUCUUGGCGCCAGCUACACAUUCCCCAUCGCCGUCUCGCUCUUCAACGGCCGGAAGGACAUGCACGACUCGCCGUUCCCCUUGGGCCGCUUUGGCGGUGCGAUGAACGGGAUCGCAGUGGUGUGGGUCGCAUUCGAGCUCGUGCUGUUCUCGAUGCCCCCCGCGGUUCCCGUCACACGGCAGAGCAUGAAUUACGCGUCGGUCGUGUUCGUGGGCUUUGGGACCAUCAGCGCGGUGUGGUAUCUGAUCAGCGGGCGACAUCAUUACAAGGGGCCACAAGUGCCUGAGGACUCAGCUGAACGAUCGUUUGAGAAGAAUGAAAUGACGCCUUAGUCCAGGGGUGCUUCCAGCCUUGAUCAGCAAGCAGCACGAUAGCGCUAGACACUGGCCAAUUCAUACAUGUUGAUGGCUGUUUCGAGCACAUCCCAGAGGACGCGGAAGCAGUCAAGACCAGAAAGUUUUGUAGCUGGUCUCUCGCUUUGGCACGGUAGAGAUCGGGGUUCAGGUCUCUUUUCUCCACUUUAAGGCCACUCAAGGGAACACCCGAAGACGAGGCAGAGAGCGCACGGAACACCAGACGUGAUAAUUCCAUCAAGCAUGUGCCCCACAUCCGCUUUCAUUUCAUAUGGCGGCCGUACUCUCAUCAUUGGCCGCGAGCGUGAGAAGUGAAGCGCGGAACAACCCUCUUGGACGGGCGGAAAGUUCGGUUUCCAGGCAUUCCCUGCCCAAAUCGUACGCGAGCGCACACGGCCACGGAAUGGAGGCCGGAGCGUCCUUCAUUGAGAGAGUAAGGCUCGGAAGUUUACGUACACUGACGAGAUGGGGGUUUGAAGCAGAUGGCUAUGGCGCCAGUGAUUAGUGAUCGCUCAGGUUCCCACGACCUAUCACGUGAAGCGGAUAUGCUGAGAGUUCCGCUUACUUUUUCAGCUGCUUUCACCCUUCAGACCGAUCAAGCUAGGCGUCUUUCAUACCCGACUUGCUCUGGGAUAGCAGUCGCCAGGAACACCCAAAAGGAGAUCAUUUUUAAGCCCGCGCAAAUCCGGAAUGAUCCCUUCCUAGGCUGACUGGGCGAAUGAUUCAAUCUAUGUAGUAGAAAUUGACAUUAGUGCACACUAGCAUACUAUACGCGGAUCUCAAAGCGGUAGCCUGAGUUAUAACAGCUGAAAACGAAGACAACAACAUAAGUCACAGCAGGCUGGGAGCGCUCAUCCUGUCCCGGUGAUGCGACCGCCAAGCCACUGCUCGACGGCCACGAGCUUCUCGUAGCCUCGCUCGCCCGUGAAGCCUCCUACGGUGAGUGCAAAGUGCGCUAUGCACAGCGCAAGGAUGAACGAGACCACGGAGGCCACAGAGUACGUCUUGGACCCCGUGCCUUCUUCGGGCUUGCUGUACACGACCUUGGGCUUCUCUGUCGAGAUAGCCCGGAACAGCGCCCCGUUGUAUUCAAACACGCGGGACGCCUCGUCCAUGAUGGCCGCUGCGCGAAGACGUAAGCGGACGUGUAAAUGCACACACGCACGGGCAGACGCGCGUACCCUUCGCGUCCAUGUUGUCCCCAGCACCCUUGUCCAUGCCGGCCCGGAACCAGUCCUUGAUGCGCUUCAUCUCGCCGAUCGUCGCCUGCUUGUUCGUCGUCAGCUCCUUGAACUUGUAGAACUCGAGCCCCGGCCCGUUCGGCGUCAGGUGGUACGCCUUGCCCAGAGCACGCUGAAUCGUCUGCCCGCCGCUUAGGUCCCCCAGAUAGCGCACGUAUGCGUGUGCAAGGAGGGGCGCGGGGUCAUUCGAGUCAGAUAUGGAGUUCACAGCAUUGACAUAGUCAGUGAGGGCUUGCGGCCGGGAUGCCUGCAGUGCUUCAUGGAUAGGGUGAGACUUCCAUGAAGACUCGGGUAUGCUUAGGAUGUAGGCAAUGUCCGCAGAGAGAGCGGGUGCACGUGCGAGGAGAGCGGGGUUGUACGUCGGCUCGAGGAUGGGAUUCGCCUGGUGGCGCUCCAGGGCUCUCUCGAAUGUGCUGCAGGUUCGGAUGUUCAUUGCGACAGCCAUAGAGCGAAAGAAAGUCGAUACGCACUCGUACACAUGCCAGAGCAUCAUCAGAAACCUGACAUACUCCUCCUUGGGCAGCUCGCCUCUAAGCAGAGCCGCCGCACCGGCACUGGUCUCGACUUCUUGAUGGGCUUUCUUCGUCCCCUCUCGGAGGAUAGCGGAAAGCGGCUGGGAGAGGUCGAUGACCGACAUUGUGGGGUAAAGAAAGAAGGAGAUGCUUGCGUGUGUGUUUACCAAACCAGUGGUAGUCGAUCACAGAAAGGCAAAAGCGACCACGGUAACCAUGGAGCCUGCCGU